CGGAAAUGGACUGUCAUUCUGAUUGUGUCCUUGUUAGCUAGUUGGCCGCCACAACGGGCAAGCAAAUGUGUGCUGUUUGGGAAGAUGAAUUAAACUGUACCUAAACAGUGAAUCUGAAAGAGAUCUCCGUGUAGCUGCUUUAACAGCACAAUGCUGCGUGUCGGGAGCAGAGCAACCUGCAUGGCCUGCAGGAACCUGGUGUCCACCAACAUGGGGGUGAGAUUUAGGAUACCGCUCCAGAAGCUGCACCCUUUCUCCCGUGCUAUCCAUCACCGCUACUCUGGAAACAACAACCCUCAGCGCCCUCCUCAUCGCGCAGCUGCCCGCUAUUUCACCUCUAUGUCUCGGUUGCCCAUGCGGCCACCGAAGCCUCCCCCGAAGUCAGGGGGCCACGGGUACCAGCAGCAGCGCAACUUCUGGGUGGCCCGCCUUGCUGCUCGGCUGCUGAAGCUCAGAUAUAUUCUGCUAGGAACUGCAGUGGGAGGGGGGUACACAGCUAAGAAGACCUAUGAUGAGUGGAAGGACAUGCUGCCUGAUUUUAGUGAAUACAACUGGGUCAUUCCUGAUUUUGUCUGGGAACUUAGUGAACAAAUUGAUCUUGAUAAACUGGCCAAAGCUCUACCAGAGAUGGAAGAAAUAGCCAAACUGCUUCCUGACUUUGACAAAAUUGGGGAGAACUUCACUUUCCUCAAAGGCCUCCUCACCUCUGGUGUGAGUUUGGGUAGUGAAGUCAAAGGAGCUUCUGGUCUGCAUCUGUUGUUAGACACUUCAGGUGAUCCUCCACUAAAGGCCACAGAUUCCUCUGGUGCAGUCACACAUGAAGCUGGUGAUAAGCAGUACAAAAAGGGUCUGCUUGGCGAGCUCAUUCUUAUUCAGCAGCAGAUCCAGCGGCAUGAGGAGGAGGUCCGACGGGCCGCUGCAGCCAGUAGUGCGCGCCCCCAACCGUCAGAGCCUGCUCCGAACCCCAGCCCCCCUCAACAGUCACGCAAGUCAUCUGACAAAGAAAAGGUUGACCAGCUCCAAGAAGAACUGCUCCGCACCCAGCUAAGAUAUCAGCGCAUGCUUGAGAGACUGGAGAAGGAAAAUAAAGAGUUAAGGAAAGUGGUGCUACAAAAAGACGAUAAGGGAAUUCACCAAAGAAAAGUGAAGAAAUCCCUUAUUGAUAUGUAUUCUGAAGUCCUGGACAUCUUGUCUGACUACGAUGCCAACUACAACACACAGGACCACUUACCCAGGGUCGUUGUGGUCGGGGAUCAGAGUGCUGGGAAGACCAGCGUGCUUGAGAUGAUCGCUCAGGCCAGGAUCUUUCCCAGGGGCUCAGGAGAGAUGAUGACACGCUCUCCUGUCAAGGUAACAUUAAGUGAAGGCCCCCACCACGUGGCCCUGUUCAAGGACAGUGGCCGAGAGUUUGACCUUACCAAGGAGGAGGACCUGGCUGCUCUGAGGCAUGAGAUUGAGCUGAGGAUGAGAAAAAGUGUGAAGGAAGGACAGACAGUCAGCUCUGAGACAAUAUCCUUGAGUGUUAAAGGGCCUGGCAUCCAGAGGAUGGUACUUGUUGACUUACCAGGUGUAAUCAGUACGGUGACUACAGGCAUGGCAACAGACACUAAGGAAACCAUCUUCAGCAUCAGCAAGGCCUACAUGCAAAACCCCAAUGCAAUCAUCCUCUGUAUUCAGGAUGGUAGUGUGGACGCAGAGCGGAGCAUUGUAACAGACUUGGUUAGUCAGAUGGAUCCUCAGGGGAAGAGGACUAUCUUUGUCCUGACCAAAGUGGACCUGGCUGAGAAGAACCUGGCCAGCCCAAGCAGAAUUCAGCAAAUUGUGGAAGGCAAGCUGUUUCCCAUGAAAGCCCUUGGAUACUUUGCUGUUGUAACAGGAAAAGGGAGCAGCGCUGAAAGAAUAGACUCCAUUAAAGAGUAUGAAGAGGACUUUUUCCAGAACUCUAGGUUACUAAGGGAUGGCAUGCUGAAAGCUCACCAAGUGACCACAAAGAACUUGAGUCUGGCUGUCGCUGACUGCUUCUGGAAGAUGGUGAGGGAGUCUGUAGAGCAACAAGCUGAUGUCUUCAAAGCUUCACGGUUCAACUUGGAGACAGAAUGGAAGAAUAACUACCCUCGACUGAGAGAGCUGGACAGGAACGAACUCUAUGAAAAGGCUAAAAAUGAAAUCUUGGAUGAAGUCAUUAGUUUGAGUCAGGUGACCCCACAGCACUGGGAAUCUAUUCUGCAGAAAAAGCUGUGGGAACGUGUUUCCACACAUGUAAUUGAGAACAUCUACCUGCCUGCUGCCCAAACAAUGGACUCUGGUACCUUCAACACCACUGUAGACAUCAAGCUCAAGCAGUGGACUGACAAGCAGCUUCCACACAAAGCACUGGAGGUUGCCUGGGAGACAUUGCAGGAGGAGUUUGCCCGCUUCAUGGCUGAAUACAAAGGCAAAGACCAGGAUGACAUUUUUGACAAGCUCAAGGAGGCUGUGAAGGAUGAGAGCAUCAAGAGGCACAAGUGGAAUGAGAGGGCCCUGGACAGCCUGAGGGUGAUUCAGCACAAUGCCCUUGAAGACCGCUCCAUCACAGACAAGCCCCAGUGGGAUGCAGCAAUCCAGUUCAUGGAGGAAACCUUGCAGUCACGCCUCAAAGACACGGAAUCAGUAAUCAGAGACAUGGUGGGCCCAGACUGGAAGGAGAGGUGGCUGAAUUGGAAGAAUCGUACACCAGAUCAGCAUAUUCGGAAUGAAACAAAAAAUGAGUUGGACCGCCUGCUGAAGCUGCACGAUGAGCACACUGCUUACCUGGCUAAUGAUGAAGUCACCACAGUGAGGAAGAACCUGGAGGCACGAAAUGUAGAAGUUGACCCAGUGCUGAUCAAAGAUACGUGGCAUCAGCUGUAUCGCCGACACUUCUUGCAGAAGGCGCUGGCUCACUGCAGCCUCUGCAAGAGGGGCUUUUACUACUACCAGCGACACUUUGUUGACUCUGAGUUGGAGUGCAAUGAUGUGGUGUUGUUUUGGAGGAUACAGAGGAUGCUGGUUAUAACAGCCAAUACUCUACGGCAGCAACUCACCAACACUGAGGUGCGGCGAUUGGAGAAAAAUGUGAAAGAGGUGUUGGAUGACUUUGGAGAAGACAUAGAGAAGAAGACCCAACUCAUAACUGGCCGCCGAGUCCAGCUGGCUGAGGAUCUCAAGAAAGUUCGUGAGAUCCAGGAGAAACUUGAAGCCUUCAUAGAAGCUCUUCACAAGGAGAAAUAGCUGAAUCAGAACUCUCGAAAAUAAAGUUUGGAUCACAGCAGAGAAACGCACUGAGCAAAGGCAACUCAUCUGUAAAUGACUGUCUUCGCCCCAAACACUCACGACACACAACUUGGCUUCCCCCUUGGACACCUAUGGAGAGAUGGACCUGCACGGAGCGAUGGGAUGAAGGAACAGUUUUCAGGCUUUCUCUACAAUUUUCUUAUGUUAACUUUUUCUUGGGGUCAACAGAGGGACUUCUGCACAGGAGCCCAAACCCAGUCAGAAGCUUGCACAGUGCUGUCAGACAUCUGACUGCUUGUUUUCAAUAAAUGAGUACAUUGUGUACAUGUUUAUCUCCAACUUUAUUUCUUUUCCACUUUUAUUUCCUGGUUUUCUUUGUGUAUAUGUAAUUAUACAGGUGUGUAUUCACUGAUCUGUGUACAGUGAGACCCCAUUGCCACCAGCUCUGAUGGGUUGCAUAGCCUUGGAUUUCAUACCUUUGUCUCACCUGGUGCUCCUAAAAUAUGCCAAGUUACUAGGCUGGUACGCAAAGAAUAAGUCUAGAUUUUAGUUUUCAAAAGGUUAUUUUAAUUGCACUUGUAAUUUAGAGCACUUAAAUUGUCUCUCCUUGCUGCGAGGGUGUUCCCCGCGUACUCUACGUGUUCCCCUAAAUGAGAAGUUCCAGAGUUAACAAGUUCAAUAUUGUGCGCCACUCCUUAAGAGGAUUGAAAGAAUCUCACAGUGUCGGAAACAAGUUAUUAUAUGUGCCAGUUGAAUAUAAUUCUCUGGUCAAGCUUCUUGCUCGUCUGUUUCCAUGCACGUGUGUCCAUAGGAUGUUUUGGUUGUAUAUUGCAACAACAACCAAAAAAAAAAGAGAGAAAGAAACACAACCAGUCAAAAUAAAUUAUAAAUAAAUUUAGGAUAAAUAAACACCUUAUUAAAAAGACCUCCACAGUUAACAUGAGGCAGUGAUAGAAAAAAAAAUUCUCAUUAGCAUAAUCAUCUGUCAGUUAUUACACAUUUUACUUUUUUUUACGUUGGACUUGUCUAGACCAUCUCGGUCCAGUGUCCAGUCUCAACUGAUCAUUUGGUCCAGUCAUACAGGGUAGGUUUGUUUCCAACCUACACCAGGUUUGAUGUUUCUCAGUAAUGUUUGUGUAUGUAUGCGGCUCAGGCGCGUCUAUCCUCUGUGUGAUUGAAUGCUCAAGCUGAAACAUGACAUAAGCAAGAAAAGAGGAAGAGAAGAUUUUAAAUGCUUUGGUCAAAUCGCAGAUUUGCCCGUCAGCUCCUUCCUCAUUCUUAUCUUUAACCCCUCUUAUCUUACACCUCCUGCACAUUUUAGCUCUUUCCAUCACCCACAUGGACAUCUUCUCAUUCUUCCUAGCUUGGAAAACUGUCUUAUUUGCCUGAAAGGGGGGGGUGAGACCGUGUGAUUUCCUCUUCCUUCCUUCAUAUGUGCACAUGGGAAAAGAUAUAUAAUAAGCAGUCAUGGAGCUACUAUCGUGUACAGCACCUGAAUGCAGAAAGAGCCACUUGUGUAACAGAAAGUUGGUGAGUUGGUUCAAAAAUGUUUUAUGUUGUAGAAAAUGUUUGCAUGGUGUAUCCCAUCCGCUGUGCUUUAUUUAUUAAAUUUGUGUUUAAAAGUAAAAA